AGUUUUUCAAGUUUAAAAAAAUUCGUUCUAUCGUUCUUGCUAUGAAAAUUUGCCUUUAAUAUCGUUCAUCAAAACAGGACAAAUAAUCGUUGUUAUAACGCAGUAAAAAAAACCUUCGAAAUGUCAAGAAAACAUCAUGUAUUUUGGAUUCAGUGCCACAUCAUUUAAACUGAAAAUUUCACUGUAUUAAAAAGAAUCCUUUUAGAAAGUAUGGAACUUGCGCGAAAUUUUGCCACUUGCACAUUACGGUGCUAUUUUCUUAAAGCACCAAAAAGAUUUUGUUUGUGUCACGUAAGACAUAUCAGAUUAGCAGAAGUUGGAAAAUUGGAAACACCAAAAUUACAAGGAAAAUAUGAAACUGGUCAAUUAAUUUUACAUAGAGUAUUUGGUUAUCGAGGUGUAAUAUUAUUUCCAUGGACAGCAAGGGUUUACGAUAGAGACAUCCCAAAUAAAAGAGAAGAAAGUACAAAUGAUAAUUAUAAUAGUGUAGGAAAAGAAGUAAAAGGUAGAACUCAUACAUUUUAUCAGGUAUUAAUUGACCAAAGAGAUUACCCAUUUAUACGUGCUCAAACAGAAGCUGUAACAUUUUUGAGUAAUCAUGAAAGUAGCCGCAGCUUGUAUACCAUACCAGGAUUAGAUUAUGUCGCGCACGAAGAUGUUUUACCUUAUACUACAAACGAGAAGACUGCAUUACAACAUGAACUUUUUGAUAAAUUCUUAGCUUAUAACCCGAAUCAUGAUCCAUGUUUUGUCGCUCAAGAAACUCUCAAAGCUUGGCAAAAAAAGAAUCAUCCAUGGUUAGAAUUGUCAGAUGUACAUAAAGAAACUACCGAAAAUAUUCGUGUUACCGUUAUUCCAUUUUAUAUGGGUUAUAGAGGAAGCCAAGCGACAGCUGCACAUUGGUGGCGCUACUGCAUACGUUUAGAAAAUUUGGGAGAUUUAAGUGUACAAUUACGUGAAAGACAUUGGAGAAUAUUUAGUCUGUCUGGUACAUUAGAAACUGUUAGAGGAAGAGGUGUAGUUGGUCAAGAACCUAUUUUGUCGAAAAUAUUACCUGCUUUUCAAUAUAGUAGUCAUGUGAGUUUGCAAGCUGCAAGUGGCCAUAUGUGGGGUACAUUCAGAAUGGAACGGGAAGAUGGGUAUGCAUUUGAUUGUAGAAUUCCACCUUUUUCAUUGGAAUCAAAAGUAGAAGAACCACCUACACCAAAUAUGAAUACAUAAUUAAUACUAUGCAAUACCAAGUAUAAAGUCAUUGUAAUUGAACUCUUGAUAUAUCAGAAAUUGAUUAACGAUUAAAUUUAAUAUGUGGCACUUAAA